AUGACUCACCUUCACGCCGGCUUGAGCUCCGAGACGACGGAAAAGGCUCGACUAGAGCUGAACGAGAACCCGGACACGCUGCAUCAGGACAUCCAGCAGGUACGGGACAUGAUUGUGACGCGACCGGACAUCGGCUUCCUGCGAACAGACGACGACUUCAUCCUUCGCUUCCUAAGAGCCAGAAAGUUCGACCAGGUGGAGACCUUCAGACUGCUGGCCCAGUACUUCCAGUUCAGACAGCAGAACCUCGACAUGUUCCAGAGCUUCAAGGUGGACGACCCCGGCAUUAAGCGAGCGUUGAUGGAUGGUUUUCCUGGCGUUCUGGAGACUCCAGACCAACAUGGCCGAAAAAUCCUCAUCCUGUUCGCUUCCAACUGGGACCAGAACAGGAACUCCUUCACCGACAUCCUGAGAGCCAUCCUGCUCUCUCUGGAGGUUCUCAUCGAGAACCCGGAGCUGCAGAUCAACGGCUUCAUCCUCAUCAUCGACUGGAGCAACUUCUCCUUCAAACAGGCCUCCAAGCUCACGCCCAACAUCCUCAAGCUGGCGAUAGAAGGCCUGCAGGACAGUUUCCCGGCUCGGUUUGGAGGAAUCCAUUUUGUGAAUCAGCCGUGGUACAUUCACGCCAUGUACACCAUCAUCAAACCGUUCCUCAAAGACAAGACCAGGAAAAGGAUCUUCCUCCACGGAAACAACCUGAACUCGCUCCACCAGCUCAUUCAGCCUGAGUGUUUGCCGUCGGAGUUCGGCGGGACGCUGCCGCCGUACGAUAUGGGAAUCUGGGCGCGAACGCUGCUGGGACCCGACUACAACGACGAGACCGAGUACACGUUAACGUACGACGCCCUGCAUGUCCGGGAGAACUGUGGAGGAGGAGACAAGGACAUGAUGAAGAGGUCUCAGUCGGCUGUGGAACCAGGAACCCUGCGACAGACGGAGCGAGAGACGAGCACGCCGCUGCUGGCUCUGGACUGA